AUGGACGGCAAGACCGAAGUAGAUUUUUCCAGCAACAGCUUAACCCCUUUGUGGCGGAGGCGUUCAACCCCUCAGCCCCAGCUGCUGGGCCGGAGCAAGCCGAGGCCCCAGUCCUACCAGAGCCCCAGCGGGUUGCUGAUCACGGAUUUCCCGGUGGAGGACCGAGGGACGCCCCCGGCGGCGCAGACUCCGGCCCAGGUGCCCACCGUCUCCGACGGCAGGACGAUCCAGAGGAGCCCCCUGCUUCUGUGCGCCCAUCGGCGGUUGGUGACCAAUGGGAGGACCGUCUCCCCGGAGUACAGGGCUGUUUCUCCUCGGCUUCGACGGCCCAAGUCACCCCAGGAACCCAGAGCGGCGUCGGGCGGCUACCCCAAAUCCCCAGCGAACGGCACUGCGACUUCGCUCGCGCCGCAGCCGCUGCAUCGCCCGCGGACUCCUCAUGCGUCUGCCCCCUGCAGCCCCGAGGGGGACAGGGCCGGAUUCCCCGCCAGCCCCCUGCUUUCGCCUGCUGCAAGUGCGCUUAUCCCUAAUACGGCCUCCCCAGGCGCGCGUUCGCUGUCCGGCCAGAUGGCUAAGGACCCUGAGCGGGGACCUUCGAGACUCUCUCCCGCGCCCCACAAAAGGUCUUUGGAGCAAAAACUCCCCCUCCAAAGGCUUCCCUCACAGGAGAACGAGCUCCUGGAGAAUCCUUCAGUGGUUUUGAGCACAAACAGCCCCGCCGCCCUCAAAGUGGGGAAACAGCAGAUCAUUCCGAAGAGCCUGGCCUCGGAAAUUAAGAUAAGUAAAUCCAACAGUCAGAAUGUGGAGCCUCACAAGAGACUGCUUAAGGUGCGCAGCAUGGUGGAGGGCCUUGGAGCGCCCCUGGGCCCCGCAGAGGACGAGGGCGAGGCGGAGAACGACUUGGACAGUCCGGGGUCUCUGCGGAGAGGCUUGAGGUCCACGUCCUAUCGCAGGGCGGUGGUCAGUGGCGUUGAUUUUGACAGUCCUACCACCUCGAAGAAGAAGAACAGAAUGUCCCAGCCUAUUCUGAAAGCGGUAAUGGAAGAUAAGGAGAAGUUUUCCAGCCUGGGAAGGAUAAAGAAAAAAAUGCUGAAAGGACAAGGAACGUUUGAUGGGGAAGAAAACGCUGUCCUGUAUCAGAACUACAAAGAAAAGGCCCUUGACAUUGACUCUGAUGAAGAGUCAGAGCCUAAAGAACAGAAAUCAGAUGAAAAAAUUGUGAUUCACCAUAAGCCACUGAGGCCUACGUGGAGCCAGCUCUCUGCGGUGAAAAGAAAUGGAUUAUCUCAGACAGUUAGCCAGGAAGAAAGAAAGAGACAAGAGGCUAUCUUUGAAGUUAUAUCCUCUGAACAUUCAUAUUUACUCAGCUUGGAGAUCUUGAUACGAAUGUUUAAAAAUUCUAAAGCACUGAGUGAUACGAUGACCAAAACAGAGAGUCACCAUCUUUUCUCCAAUAUUACAGAUGUCUGUGAGGCAAGCAAAAAAUUCUUUACAGAGUUGGAAGCAAGGCAUCAGAAUAAUAUCUUCAUAGAUGACAUAAGUGACAUUGUGGAAAAACACACAGCAUCCACAUUUGACCCAUAUGUGAAAUACUGCACAAAUGAAGUCUACCAACAGCGGACACUACAAAAAUUGUUAGCCACCAACCCAUCUUUUAAGGAAGUUUUGUCCCGAAUCGAGUCCCACGAAGACUGUAGGAACUUACCCAUGAUCUCUUUUCUCAUUCUCCCCAUGCAGAGGGUGACCCGCCUUCCCCUGCUGAUGGAUACUAUCUGUCAAAAGACACCUAAGGACUCUUCAAAGUAUGAAGUCUGCAAAAGGGCCUUAAAGGAAGUAAGCAAGUUGGUUCGACUCUGCAAUGAAGGAGCUCGGAAGAUGGAAAGGACUGAAAUGAUGUACACAAUUAACUCCCAGCUGGAGUUUAAAAUUAAGCCUUUUCCUCUAGUCUCCUCUUCCCGCUGGUUGGUCAAAAGAGGUGAGUUGACGGCCUAUGUGGAAGACACUGUGCUUUUCUCAAAAAGGACGUCCAAACAGCAAGUCUACUUCUUCCUCUUUAACGACGUGCUCAUCAUCACCAAGAAGAAGAGUGAAGAAAGUUACAAUGUCAAUGAUUAUUCCUUAAGAGAUCAGCUACUGGUGGAGUCUUGUGACAGUGAAGAGCUUAAUUCUUCUCCAGGGAAGAACAGUUCCACAGUGCUUUAUUCAAGACAGAACUCUGCUAGUCACCUCUUUACACUGACAGUCCUUAGUAACCACGUGAACGAGAAAGUGGAGAUGCUGCUGGGAGCUGAGACUCAGAGCGAGCGAGCCCGCUGGAUAACUGCCCUGGGACACAGCAGCGGGAAGCAGCCUCCGGACAGAACCUCACUGACCCAAGUGGAAAUCAUUAGAUCAUUUACUGCCAAGCAACCAGAUGAACUCUCCCUGCAGGUGGCGGACGUGGUCCUCAUUUAUCAGUGUGUCAGCGAUGGCUGGUAUGAAGGGGAAAGACUGCGAGAUGGAGAAAGGGGCUGGUUUCCUAUGGAAUGUGCCAAGGAGAUAACAUGUCAAGCUACAAUUGAUAAGAAUGUGGAGAGAAUGGGACGUUUGCUGGGACUAGAGACCAACGUGUAG